CGGGCGCCAUCUCAAAGGCACCACUGAGCGCACGCAGAACCUGCCUCGCUGCGGUGCCAGAGUGGGUCCCGAAGGCGAAGUGCUCGUCGGCCCCGUGCUUCACGGUGAGCUGCGCCAAAGGUUCCUGCACAUCCCUCAGGCCCCUCUUUGGACGCGCCCUGCCUUCCCACUGCCCCCUCCCCUUGUCCAAGGCUCAAGGUAGGGGCCUGGUGUGAAUACUCCAGCCGAAGUGAAUCUGCACCCGAAGGCCCCUUUCCAGCUCCAGGGCCCAACGUCUCCAGCGAGAAGUUCCAGCUCAGCCUUCACACAUCUCUGCUUUUUCCCAGGAAGAGCAGGAAAUGGCCAAACUCCAGGGACUAGUGACAUUUGAGGACGUGGCUGUGGAUUUCACCCAAGAGGAGUGGCAGUACCUGAACCCUCCACAGAGGACCCUGUACAGAGAUGUGAUGCUGGAGACUUUCAGCAACCUGGUCUUUGUAGGGCAGCAGGUUACUAAACCAGACCUCAUCCUCAAGUUGGAGGUGGAAGAGCCUUGCCAGGCAGAAGGAAAAAUCCCAAUUUGGAGGUUUUCAGAACUCUGCAAAGUUGAAAAACAGAUUGAGAGACAGCAUCAGGAUGACCAAGAUAAAUGUCUGUUGAUGCAAGUUGGAUUCUCUGACAAGAAAACAAUUACCACCAGGAGUAGCUGUGAGUGUAAUGAAUUUGGGAACACACUGUAUCUGAGUACAAAGAUUGCUGCUUCAAUACAAAGACCCCAUAAACAUGAAUCAUUUGGAAAUAAUAUUGUAGAUAAUUUAAACUUAUUUAGUAGAAGCUUUGCAGAAAAGAAGCAUGAUAAUGGACAUACAAAAUUAUUCUUCCACCCCGAGUAUGAGAAAACAAAUCCCGGAGUGAUACCGUGUGGAUAUAAAGAGUGUGGGAAAGCCCUCAGGCAAAAGAAAGGUCUUAGUAUACAUCAGAGAAUUAAAAAUGGAGAGAAACCCUUUGAAUGCACUGCAUGUAGGAAAACAUUCAGCAAGAAAUCACACCUCAUUGUUCAUUGGAGAACUCAUACUGGAGAGAAACCCUUUGGAUGUACUGAAUGUGGAAAAGCCUUUAGCCAAAAAUCUCAGCUCAUUAUACACCUGAGAACCCAUACAGGAGAGAGACCCUUUAAGUGUCCUGAAUGUGGGAAAGCCUUCAGAGAAAAGUCAACUGUCAUCAUACAUUACAGGACUCAUACAGGAGAGAAACCUUAUGAAUGUAAUGAAUGUGGAAAAGCCUUCACUCAGAAAUCAAACCUCAUUGUCCAUCAGAAAACCCACACAGGAGAGAAAACCUAUGAAUGCACUAAAUGUGGCGAGUCUUUUAUACAAAAGCUUGAUCUAAUUAUACAUCAUAGUACUCAUACAGGAAAGAAACCCCAUGAAUGUAGUGAGUGUAGGAAAACUUUCAGUGAUAAGUCAACUCUCAUUAUACAUCAGAGAACUCACACAGGAGAGAAACCUCAUAAAUGUACUGAAUGUGGAAAGUCUUUCAAUGAGAAGUCAACCCUUAUUGUGCAUCAGAGAACUCAUACAGGAGAGAAACCCUAUGAAUGUGAUGUGUGUGGAAAAACCUUCACCCAGAAGUCAAACCUUGGUGUACAUCAGAGAACUCAUUCAGGAGAGAAACCCUUUGAAUGUAAUGAAUGUGAGAAAGCCUUUUCUCAGAAAUCCUAUCUCAUGCUACAUCAGAGAGGUCACACAGGAGAGAAACCCUACGAGUGCAAUGAAUGUGAAAAAGCGUUUUCCCAGAAGUCAUAUCUCAUUAUACAUCAAAGAACUCAUACAGAAGAAAAACCCUAUAAAUGUAAUGAAUGUGGCAAAGCCUUCAGAGAAAAGUCAAAGCUCAUCAUACAUCAGAGAAUUCAUACAGGAGAGAAACCCUAUCAAUGUUCUGUAUGUUGGAAAGCUUUUAACCAGAAGUCACAGCUCAUAAUACAUCAGAGAACACACACAGGAGAAAAACCUUAUGCAUGCACGCAGUGUGGCAAGGCUUUCAGAGAAAAAUCAACAUUCACUGUACAUCAGAGAACUCAUACUGGAGAGAAACCUUAUAAGUGUACAGAAUGUGGGAAAGCCUUUACCCAAAAAUCAAACCUCAUUGUACAUCAGAGAACCCAUACAGGAAAGAAAGCUCAUGGGAGAGGCCACAGUCGGAAGUCAAAGCUCAUUGCAUGUUAGACAGUAAAUCAGCAUCUGUUAUGUACACUGAAAGAAACUUGUGUUGAUUUAAUUAAUGUUUUCAAAGUAUGCUCAGACUUCUGGUUUAAAUAUGGGGAGUAUAAUCUCUGUGUCUGACAAAAUUAGGAGAUAGCUGAAACCCUCAGGAGAGGACUGCCCAAAGCAGAGGAAAUCAAGCACCAGUGCAGAAGAUUUCAGAGAGAGUACUCAAGGCUGCGGAUGUGAGACAGCACUGUUAAGGAUACUGAGCUGAGGUUCAGGUUCCACUCCAAUGUGUAGAACCAUAAACAUAUAUCAAUGGUAACAGAGUACAUGGACAGGUAAGUAGCAUGUUUCCUAGACCAUUUGGGGUCUGAGGAGAAACAGGCAGGGGCCUUGACAAAGAAUCACCCAUCCAGGGCAUAUUUGCAGAAAGUAGUCUGUACUUAUGGAAGGAACAGUUGUGAUGCUGGGGAAAGACAAGGGACUUUUCCUUGUGAAGAGCCUUACAGCUGCCCCUAUUUACUGACUUGGAGAAGGAAAAUCUGAAGAACUAACAGAUGUGGGAAAAAUAAUCCCAGUAGUUAGAAAAACUGUUAUCUGCCUAGAAUGUGGCCCCAGUUUCUUACCCCACAUGAACCUCCAGCAAAUAGCAAGUCCAGGACAAGCUGUUCUCAUUCAGAGAGGAAUGAUUCGAAAGUAACCAAAACCACAAAUGCACGUGGUUUUGAGCCAGCAGUUUAACUUCUAGUAAUGUAUAUACUCAUGUAUGUACAAAAUGAUGAACACGCACAGGCAUUCACUGAUGGUCUCCAAAAACAAAACUAGAAGCUGUCCAAAUGACACCACCAGCAUUUUGAUUGCCACUAUUCAUACAGAAAUUUCCUUGGUAGACAACAAUGAAUAAAAGAGAACUUGUAUAACACUUA